AGUGAUUGCCAUCUUCUUCCGGUGCAGAAAGACAACAUGGCAGCCUUGUGCAGACUCAGGUUUGGUGGUCGUUCUGCGGUUCGGUUCAUCCGGACCUUCAGUUCGGACUCCGAGGACAGACCCAGGUCCGGGUUAGCCGCCUCCUUCGAGCAGCAGGCGGAGCUCCGGCGGGAGAAGAAGAGCACCUCCGCCGGCCUGAGCGACCCCUCCUCCUCGAAGGAGGAGAGCUUCGCCUCGUUGCUGCGCCGCUCCGCCUUUAUUCAGAUGGGUCCGGUCAAGAACCAGUUGGUGGUCGGGAAGAUCGUCCAUGUGGUCCAGAACGACCUGUACAUCGACUUUGGAGGGAAGUUCCACUGCGUCUGCCGGCGGCCCACGUCAGGAAAUAGGCUGCAGCGGGGCUCCAGAGUCCGGCUGCUGCUCCAGGACCUGGAGCUCACGGCCCGUUUCCUGGGAUCCAUAACCGACACCACGCUGCUGGAGGCUCAAGCGGUGCUGCUCGGCUCGGUGACAGUAGGGGACCCUAACACCGGAACUGAGACUGUGCGGGACCCUGAGCAUCUGCACGAUCAUUAAAACAGACUAGAGGAGCAGAAAGAUCGGGUUCGGGUCUGGAGAUGUUGUUUGUUUGUUUGUUUGUUUACAGACUGAAAAAGGUUCUGUCUGUAACUCAUCUUGUUUGUUCAUAUUAAAUAUAAAGAAUCAAA